GAUAUGCUCUCUUCCUUUUCUUAUGCAGUUUGGAACGCGUUGCUGUAUUUUGUGCGGAUAUAUGCCACGACACUCACGGUAGCCCAGCGUUAUGAUGAACGAUUUCUACGAAGAAACGAAGAGAAAUUGCAUUCCGGACCAUCCACCAGAGGCAUCGAGGGUAGUUAGAAACCGAAGUGGUAUCCAGAUUAGAUCAAGUAUGAUUCUGCAUGGUAAAUGGUUGUUUCGCUAGAUGUGUUCAUUAGCGAUGACAAUGCGGU